AUGUCCGACUGGGACGCCAGCAGCGACGAGGAGCUCGGCGCACCGGACUGGCCGCGGGCCGCCGCUGCUGCUGCCGGGCGGCUGUGCUGGUCUCCCAGCACCCCUUCUUGGGGCCGCGCCUCCGUGGAGGCCGUCGGGCGACGGGGGAAGAGCGCGGGGAGUCCUGGAGGGGAAGAGUGGGAGCCGCGAGGCGCUGAAGGCUCCGGCGGCCCGAGGCGGGCGGCGCGGCAGCGGGCGCCCCGAGCUGCGGCCGGCCAGGCUCAGUACUCUGGGGCGCCGCUCUGCUUCCACCUCGAUAGCGCCCUGGUCGGGGCUCUCAUAGGUCGGGGUGGAACUAAAAUUAAAGAACUUGAGGAUUCUUCGGGUUCCAGGAUAAAGGUUAUAAGAGGAACCUAUGAAGCUGAAGUAAAGAUUUUUGGCAGCAUCGAUGAGCAAAACAAAGCCAAGAUGUUGAUUGACAAUGUUGUUACAAGUUCUGGACAAAACUACAUUAGAGGUGGAACAGAGAAAGGAAAAACCUUGGACAUUAUCAAGCCUGAAAAUAACCCAAAGAAAUCAGUGAUUAACUGGGCCUCUCUUCGAGAAAACAGGGCCAAAUAUGAAGCUAUGAAAUGGGCAGGCUUGCCUCCAAUUGAGAAAAACUUCUACAAAGAAUCAUCCAGGACUGCAUCUAUGUCACAAGAAGAAGUGGAACUGUGGCGGAAAGAAAAUAAUGAUAUAACUUGUGAUGACUUAAAAGAAGGUGAAAAGCGCAGUAUUCCAAAUCCUGUUUGUAAAUUUGAAGAUGUAUUUGAGCAUUAUCCUGAUAUUAUGGCUAAUAUAAGAAAAGUUGGUUUUCAAAAGCCUACGCCAAUUCAGUCCCAGGCUUGGCCGAUCAUACUCCAAGGAAUUGAUCUUAUUGGUAUAGCACAGACUGGUACUGGGAAGACAUUAGCAUACUUAAUGCCUGGAUUCAUUCACUUGACUUCACAACCAAUAUCCAAAGAUCAGCGUGGGGGGCCUGGAAUGUUAGUCCUUGCUCCCACUCGAGAACUGGCACUUCAGGUAGAGGCAGAGUGUUCAAAGUAUGCAUACAAAGGAAUUAAAAGUAUUUGCGUCUAUGGUGGUGGGGACCGAAAAGGACAGAUAGACAUGGUUACCAAAGGUGUGGAUAUUGUUAUUGCUACUCCUGGCAGACUGAAUGAUCUUCAAAUGAACAACUUCAUAAAUUUGAAGAGCAUAACAUAUUUGGUUUUAGAUGAGGCUGACAGAAUGCUGGACAUGGGAUUUGAACCUCAGAUAAUGAAGAUCCUAAUAGAUGUACGCCCUGACAGACAAACUGUUAUGACAAGUGCUACUUGGCCUGAUGGCGUCCGUCGCCUAGCAAAAUCCUACUUGAAAAAUCCCAUGAUUGUGUAUGUCGGUACUCUUGACUUAGCAGCAGUAAACACAGUACAGCAAAAAGUUAUUGUUAUCCCUGAGGAGGAAAAGAGAGCUUUCAUGCAUAGCUUCAUUAAGUCCAUGAAGCCAAAAGAUAAGGUCAUCAUUUUUGUGGGAAAAAAGCUUACAGCUGAUGACUUAGCAAGUGACUUUGGUAUCGAAGGAAUUCCAGUACAGUCACUUCAUGGUAACAGGGAACAGUGUGAUCGAGAACAGGCUUUAGAUGACUUCAAGAAAGGCAAAGUUCGAAUAUUGGUAGCUACUGACUUGGCAUCCCGUGGCCUUGAUGUGCAUGAUAUUACUCAUGUUUUUAACUUCGAUUUCCCUCGCAACAUUGAAGAAUAUGUUCAUAGAAUAGGUCGUACGGGAAGAGCAGGGCGCACUGGGGAGGCAGUAACACUUGUCACGAGCAAUGAUUGGAAGUUUGCGUCCGAACUGAUUGACAUUCUGGAAAGAGCAAACCAAGUAGUUCCUGAUAAGCUUGUUGCCAUGGCAGAAAGAUACAAACAAUCACAAAUGAGAAAAGAAAUUGAAAAGGAUAUACAAAGACCUUGGAGAAAGCCCUCAAAAUAAGUGUAAU